AGAAUGUUAAAUUAUCUAGUUACAGAAUAAUUCGGACAUUAUGAUAUCUCCGUGCUGGUUAUCCGCUCUUACAUUCCUUUCGCUGUUGGAGUUAACCUGUGGAAGACAGACAGCACUAUUGAUCAUUGAUGUUCAAAACUGUUUCCUACCUGGCGGGAGUCUAGCGGUAACAGGAGGUGAUCAGGUGAUACCAGUUAUAAACAAUAUCCGGUCGGAAUAUAAAGCAAACAUUUCAUUGGUGGUUUUGUCACAAGACUGGCAUUGCAGUGACCACAUCUCGUUUAAGUCUCAGCAUAAAAGUGCCGGUCCAGUCAUUCAGCUUUCGUAUGAUAAAUCAGGUUCCCUUUGUGAUGGUAACAACAAUAACUGCACUGAAGUGUCAUACAAUCUUACUCAACACCUGUGGCCAGAUCAUUGUGUUAUGAACACUCCAUCAGCUAAUUUUUCACUAAACUUGACCCUUGAGCCAUCUGACCUUGUUAUUAGAAAAGGAUAUAACUGCAAGGACCAACUGCCGUCAAACUGA